CUUCAGUGAUGUUCCUGUAAUCAUCAGGUGUUUCAGAUCUUUCAACAAACCCUCCUCCAGGUCAGACUCCAGCUGGAUGAACACCUGUCAGUCAGAACACAGGCCAGUGAAGGCUUGUUGUAGUAACUUGUCCCCUGUGUGUCUACAGGUUCAGGUGUCCUGGUCCAGGUGAGUUCCAGUGUGCUUCGACUGGCCUGGUGUUCGUCAUGGCUCAGGAGGCGGAGCUUCUGUACAGGACGGUCCCUUGGGGGGAGAGCCUCCUCCAAUCAGCUGGCAAGCAGGCAGCAGGGCCGCUGUUCGACGUGAAGAGCUCUGUUGAAGCUGCCGUCGUCCAGCUCCACCUGCCACACAGCGAGACAGAGGAUGCGCUGCUCCUGGACGGCCUGUUGUCUGUCGUCCACAUCACUGAUGAAGGCCUGAGCAUCUUGGAGCCGCUGGAGGUCACACGCACUCACGUGGUGGUGAAGGUGCCUCACCUCUCUCUCUAUGGCCUACUAAUCGAUACAUUGAGAAGGCUUCUAAAACAGCGGAUAAAUGGCCAAAUUCUGGUGUUCCUACGACCCCCGGGCAGAGAGAAGCAAAUACUGGAUGUAUUUUUGCUGCCGAACAACGUCCUCGUGAAGGAGGUUGCUGAACAACACAGACGUGCUGUGAACAUCCCAAUCUCCUCCGACUGUGAGCUGGAAAUUCAUCACAGUUACAGUGUGCACUGUGAAGCUGAGGACUGUGAUAUGGUGUAUAUCACACACCCUAAGAGUAAAAAAUUUGAAUCCAGGUUUGGACCAAAUUACCAUCCGACAUUUCUAGUUUCCCUGACGACGAGCACAGAGACAGUGGUUUUGAAGGUCCAGGACCAAGAUGAAAAGGAAGUCUGGUAUUGUCCCGUGUCACUGGAAGAUCCAAGGAAGGAAUUGUCCCAGAGAAAUGUCCCAGCAGAGAGCAGAGUCCCAGCAGAGAGCAGAGUCCCAGCAGAGAGCAGAGUCCCAGCAGAGAGCAGAGACCCAGCAGAGAGCAGAGUCCCAGCAGAGAGCAGAGUCCCAGCAGACAAGUGGCUGCUCUUUCGGACAGAGUUCAUUAACAGAGUGUCUCUACCUGUCCUGGACGACCUUCUGGAUAAACUCCUUGACUCUAAAGUGAUCAGUAAAUCUGAAAUGGAUUCAGCCAAAACCAAAUACCAAAAGGACAGAGCACGAGAGGUGGUGGACGCGGUGCAAAAUAAAGGAGUUGUAGCCAGCAGGGUUCUGAUCAAUGCUCUCCGUGAGCUGGACCCGCAUCUUUACGAAGAGCUCAACAAGCAAAACCUUGUGGAGAGUGUGUGAAAGCCCCUUGCUAGUUUUGUACGUUGCUACCUGUAAUUAUAGAUGGGUGUCAGGAACUAAACUGUUACCGGUACCUGAUUGGUCAGGUGAUGUGGUGGUCUGACCGCCAUCAGCCAGCAGCGCAGACCCUAAAGCCAUCUUUUCUUUCAUUUAUUUUAUACAGAAACAUAUAUGAACAUCAUAUAUUUUGAAUACAAACCAGUUGACAUCAGGGGGAGACAUAUAUUAUAAAAUCACAUUCUAUAACUGUCCAAGUCUUUUUGUUAAAACACUGCAGAGCCCAUACUGUACCUGUUUACUUCCUGUCUGUCUUCUCCUGCUGUUCCCUUUAGUGUUUACUUCCUGUCUGUCUUCUUCUGCUGUUCCCUUUAGUGUUUACUUCCUGUCUGUCUUCUUCUGCUGUUCCCUUUAGUGUUUACUUCCUGUCUGUC